UGGAAAAAUGAGCAGCUUUUGUGGGGCCGUACCGCUUGUCAUUGUGGGGGCAUUUCUGUUUUGUGUCGUCAUGUACCGACGCAGUCACACGGGGAAAACACCAAUAAAUGAUUAAUUAAAUUCCGUUUUAAUGAAUCAGUUAAUUUGAGUCUUAAAUCCUUUAUUAGGGUUAUUUGAGACGUCGACAGGUGUGACGUCACAAGCCGGCCAUAUUGCAAAUGUCUACUUGUCAAAAAAGUUGCAGUGAGAUGGUCUAACACCGAAAAAACCGUUCUUAAAUCGCUUUUUUAAUUUAGACCGAGUUUGUGUUAGCGGUGAGUGCGAAAUCGGUUCGUUUUGCGCCCAUUUUCCCAAUUUCCCGGCAUCUGUCAAAGAAAGUGAGGUGUGAAAAUUACAGGUGAACAUUGUAAAUAACUCCCCUGAACGUGCGUUUUCCCCGAAAACGCCCCAUGUUUAUGUGUUGUUUGCUCCUCGAUUAACGUUUUGUGUGUCGCUGUGCUAAAGAUGAAUGCCUCAGAGCACGGGUUCAAUCCGGCCUUUAACAUGGCCACAAUCAAGCAGGCGGUCAACGAGGCCAUCGAGCGAGUGCGAAUGCCCACCCCCAUGCGGCUGCGGGACCUGAUCAGGCAAAUCCGGGCGGCUAGGACGGCCGCCGAGGAGCGCAGCGUCGUGAACAAGGAGUGCGCCUACAUCAGGUCGACGUUCCGCGAGGAGGACUCCGUGUGGCGGUGUCGCAACAUCGCCAAGCUGCUCUACAUCCACAUGCUGGGCUACCCGGCCCAUUUCGGGCAGCUGGAGUGCCUGAAGCUGAUCGCGAGUUCGCGGUUUACGGAUAAGCGGAUUGGGUACUUGGGGGCGAUGCUGCUCCUGGACGAGCGGCAGGACGUGCAUUUGCUGAUCACGAACUGUCUCAAAAAUGACCUGAAUUCCACGACUCAGUUUGUUGUGGGGUUGGCGCUGUGCACGUUAGGGGCGAUUGCUUCGCCAGAAAUGGCACGUGAUCUUGCGGGGGAAGUGGAGCGGCUAAUGAAGUCGCCUAACGCUUAUAUUAGGAAAAAAGCAGCUCUGUGCGCUUUCCGAAUUAUUAAACGUGUGCCUGAACUCAUGGAGAUAUUUUUACCAGCCACCAGGAGUCUACUAUCUGAGAAAAACCAUGGUGUGCUAAUCACGGGGGUUACGCUCAUUACGGAAAUGUGCGAGAAUAGCCCAGACACCUUAAACCACUUCAAAAAAAUCGUGCCGAACCUCGUCCGCAUCCUCAAAAACCUAAUCUUGGCCGGUUAUUCCCCGGACCAUGACGUGUCCGGCGUUAGCGAUCCAUUCCUCCAAGUGAAAAUCUUAAAACUGUUGCGAGUUUUGGGUCGCAAUGAUGCCGACGCUUCCGAGGCAAUGAACGAUAUUCUCGCCCAAGUCGCAACAAACACCGAGACGAGUAAAAACGUCGGCAACACUAUUCUCUACGAGACUGUGCUCUCGAUAAUGGAUAUAAAAUCAGAAGGUGGUUUACGAGUCCUUGCUGUUAAUAUUCUAGGCCGGUUUUUGUUAAAUAAUGAUAAGAAUAUUCGUUAUGUGGCUUUGAACACGUUGUUGAGGACCGUGCAUGUCGAUACUUCGGCCGUCCAGAGACACAGGUCGACGAUUCUUGAGUGCUUGAAAGACCCGGAUAUUUCGAUCAGGAGGAGGGCGAUGGAGUUGUCUUUCGCUUUGGUCAAUUCGCAGAAUAUUAGGACGAUGAUGAAGGAGUUGAUUACGUUUUUGGAAAAAGCUGAUCCGGAAUUUAAGGCCCAUUGUUCGUCGAGUAUUGUGAUGGCGGCCGAGAGGUUUGCGCCGAAUAAGAGGUGGCAUUUGGAUACGCUGCUCAAAGUACUGGUUGGGGCUGGGAACUACGUGCGUGAUGACGUUAUUUCUUCAACGAUUCAAUUAAUCUCAGAGAGCACUAAUCAGCAAUCUUAUAUGACCUUGCAACUAUACAAAGCUUUAUCCGAGGACUUGAUGGACAAACAGCCCUUGAUUCAAGUAGCCGUCUGGGCUAUUGGCGAAUACGGAGAUCAGCUUUUACAAGCAUCGAUCGACGACGACUCUGGAAUAACACCCCCAACCGAAGAACAAGUGAUCGAACUUUAUCAAAAAUUACUCUGGUCACCGCAAAACACAACCGUGACCAAACAAUAUGCUUUGAUGUCGCUCACUAAGCUAAGUACUAGGUUUACAGUCACUACAAACAAAAUCCAACAAAUCGUCAGCUCGUUCUGCUCGAGCUUGCACAUAGAGUUGCAGCAGAGAGGUGUAGAAUUUUCGCAGUUUUUCGGCAAGUAUUCGCACUUAAGACCGUCGCUUUUGGAGCGGAUGCCCCCCAUGGAGGUGGUGCGGCAAACGGGGGAGACGCACACCAACGGCGAUAUCGAAAACGACUCGAAAACGCCCGAGGAGAGCCCCCAACACGUCAAUAGUGAUUCGAACGCUUUGUUAGAUUUACUGGUUGAUUUCGGGGGCACGGCGCCCGCGCCCCCACAGCCUGCCCCCACGACGACUAGUAACAAAGUAGAUCUACUCGAUUUGUUUAACGAAAUGGAUAAUAUUGACACGCCAGCCUUACAAACUCUGCCGCCUACUGACACGAAUCUGGGACUGAUCGUGGAAAAUAAUAACGGGAGUUUGCCUAUUGUUAUCAAUCAGAACUCGAAUUUUAUUGGAGGAGAUUUGUUGUCCAACACUAAGACGGGUGUUAAUGAAAAAGACGUGCCUACCAUCACGGCGUACGAUAAAGAUGGGCUGAAAAUGUGCUUCUCGUUGGAGAAAGUGCCAGAUAGUAACACUUUGACGAUAAAUAUGGUCGCGACAAAUCUGACGUUAUCGGCAAUGACCGAUUUCUUAUUCCAAGCGGCAGUUCCUAAGACAUUCCAACUACAAAUGAUGUCCCCCUCUGGGACUGUGAUGGGUCCAAACGGGCAAAUAACGCAAGUGUUGAGGGUAACAAAUCCCAAUAGGAGCACUUUAAAAAUGCGAAUAAGGUUGUCUUACACCGUUGACGGCAACCCUGUGCAGAUUCAGACGGAAGUGAACAAUUUCCCGACGGAGAUUUGGGAUUGACGGAAAACUGGCUAAUCUGUGAAUUUCUCAUCCUGUUACAUAUUUAUAAAUAUACAUACAAGUCUAUUUUUUAUCGUAGACUGUAUACUGAAAUGUAAUAUUUUCUAUAAUUAGAUUUAGUUAUUUUUUAGUGAGACACUGUAAAUAAUUGUUUUUAAUAUUGAGUACUUAAUUAUUUUAGGCACACUAGGAUUUUUUCAUUAGACCCCUUACUGUUAUUUUAUCUUUAUUAUCUGAGUAGGUGUACUUUUUAUUUAUACCCUUUUUCAUGCGAGAAUAAUUUAAUUGCUUGUUUUGUUACACAAUGUUAUUUGCGUCCAUAACUUUAGAUCAAUAAAUUGUAAAUACCUA